CUCCAAACUCCAGAUUUCAACGAGUUUGCCCUUUCCUAGGAUUGCUUCUGAAUUUGCUUCUCAUAUUCUAUGUUCUAGAAGGCCUCUAGUGCAAUAUCUGCGUGGGCUUUUGCAUUUUCUUACUUUAGAUGGGCAGUAUCUGCGUGGACUUUUUUAUUUUCUUACUUUAGGUGGGCACAGACAUUCUAGGUUUGCAAUUUGCAGUUGCGUUCUGACUUGGGAAUAAACGUCAGCCCAUUUAGGUGUGAAUUAUUCCUAUAAAUGCUUCUAUUCGUCUUCUUUCUCCACAAUCUUUCAUUGCUGUUUUUCUUAACACUUGAAGCUUUGAGAUGGGAAUUUCCAUGGAUAGAUGGGUUCAGAGAUGUUCUGCAGUGGUCUUUCUGGUGCUCGCAUUCACAGCCUGCUCAGAUGCGACUGGAAGGAGGGCAUUGCAGGGGAGGAGACUUGCAAAUAGCACUCAGAAGCAUCUGGCUGUAAACUUGGGGGGGUGGCUCAACAUUGAAGGAUGGAUCAAACCCUCGCUCUUUGAUGGCAUUGUUGACAAUGAUUUACUGGAUGGAACACGGAUUCAAUUGAAAUCUGUGAAAUUGGGAACCUAUGUAGUUGCAGAAAAUGGAGGAGGAGAUGUAGUUGCAGUCAACAGGACAGAUCCCUCGGCAUGGGAGACUUUCAGAAUAUGGCGUGUGAAAGCAGGGACGUACCAGCUGAGAGUUAACAAUAAACAGUUCGUAGGAGCAGCUAAUGGGGGAGGUGGAAUUGUGAAUGCUGUAGCAGCGACACCUGACGCAUGGGAAACAUUUGAAAUCAUAAGAAACCCGGCCAAUUCAAGUCUGGUGCACAUCAAAGUUUCAAAUGGAAUGUACAUGCAGGCCCUGUCAAAAGAUCAGAUGACCGCGGACUUCGAAGGGGAGCCUGGAUGGAAUGAUGAUAAUGCUGCAACCUUCGAUAUGAGUAUUGUUGGGCGGAUGCAGGGAGAGUUUCAGAUCUCUAAUGGCUAUGAACCCGAGAAAGCUGCUCAAGUCUUAAGUGAACACAGAAGCACCUACAUUACAGAGGAUGAUUUUGUCUUCCUCUCCAAUCACAGCAUAAACACAGUGAGAAUCCCAGUGGGAUGGUGGAUUGCAAGUGAUCCAAAUCCCCCUGCUCCUUUCGUAGGAGGAUCUCUCGAGGCACUUGACAAAGCCUUCACUUGGGCUCUGAAGCACAGUAUCAAAGUGAUCGUCGAUCUCCAUGCUGCCCCUGGCUCACAAAAUGGAGAUGAGCACAGUGGAAGUAGAGAUGGCUUCAUAGAAUGGACUGACUCAAAGAACAUCGAAACCUCCCUUUCUGCCAUUGAUUUUCUUGCUGCCAGAUAUGGGGCUCAUGACGCAUUACUGGGCAUUGAGCUGCUUAAUGAACCGCGAUCCCCUGGAAUAGAUCUGAAUAACCUGACCAGUUAUUACAGCCAAGGCUACAACACUGUUCGAAAGCAUUCUCCCACGGCCUAUGUGAUAAUGUGCAACAGGAUCGGCCCUGCAGACCCCAAGGAACUUUUCUCCAUGAACAAUGGUCUAACCAAUACUGUAGUGGAUGUACAUUAUUACAAUCUGUUCGAUGACACCACAUUCAAAAACAUGACCGUUGAGCAGAAUAUUGACUACAUCAGGAACCAGAGAGCUACCACUCUGCAGAGCCUUGUUACUUCCAAUGGCCCCCUCAUUCUUGUUGGGGAAUGGGUAGCAGAAUGGAUGGUAGAAAAUGGAUCAAAAUCUGAUUAUCAGAGGUUUGCAGAUGCACAGCUGGAGGUAUAUGGAGAGGCCUCAUUUGGAUGGGCUUAUUGGACCCUAAGAAAUGUUAAUGAGCACUGGAGCUUUGAAUGGAUGGUGAACAAUCAAUACAUUAGACUGUAAACGAUCUUUAAAAGUCAAUAAUGAUAUAAAUCUUAUCAGAAUAAUGAUAAUAAAACUUCCCUAAAAUCUCUCGGAUAUUAUUCUGGAAUCCAGUGCGGGAGCCAAUCUUCAUUGUCGGCCAUCCACCAUUCAAUUCUCAAUGGUGGUUGGAGACUAACUUAUAGCCUACUCGAAUCAUAUUAGAUUUCUCUUUCA